AUGUCUAAUAACAACACAAAAAAUAACGAUAAACUAAAGAAUAUCCAAUUGCUAGUUUAUUGUUCAACCUUUGCAAGUAUUUUGUCAAUUUUGGCUUGUAUUUUUAUUUUUCCACAAAUUUAUUUUGAAACAACAAAUUUAUUGAAUGAAGUAAAAGGGGGAGUUGAAAUAUUUAAAGUUGAAACUGAUUCUGCUUGGAAUUUAUUAAUUGAUAUACAAAUACGUCAUAAACCUCAAUCUGUUAAUGUUAGAGAAGAAAAUCCUUUUGAAAGUAUUUUUCAAAGGGCAAAACGACAAAAUUAUGGAAAAUUGCCUGCUUGGUGUCAAUGUGAACCAACCAAACCAAAAUGCCCUCCUGGACCUCCAGGCCCUCCAGGCGAACCAGGACAGAACGGAGAACCAGGACAACCUGGCCCUGCAGGAAAGGACAAUACAAAGGCUUAUUCUCAAGUUUCAUGUCCCAAACCCAGCACAGCUUGCAUUAAAUGCCCUGCAGGCCCUCAAGGACCUCAGGGACCUGUUGGGCCGGAAGGUAAACCUGGCCAAGCUGGAAAGCCAGGAACUCCCGGAAGCAAGGCUCAAAAUGGAAAGGCUGGUCCUAGAGGACCACCUGGUGAUGCUGGUCAAGCUGGAAAGCCUGGAACCCCAGGAAAACCUGGACAGCCAGGAAAAGAAGGUACUAAAGGCAUCCCAGGCGCUCCUGGACCGAAAGGGCCUAAAGGCCCGGCUGGAUCAAAAGGACAGGCUGGCAAUAAAGGAGCUAAUGGAACACCGGGAACGCCUGGCCCUCAAGGCCCACCAGGAAAAGCAGGCAAGCCAGGCUCGAAUGGAACACCUGGCAAGGGAGGAGUUAAAGGCUCCCCAGGAAUUCCGGGCUCAGAUGCUGCUUAUUGUCCUUGCCCUAAACGUUCAUCAGUUUUUGUUAGUCGCUACACAAAUUAA